ACUUCUGGGAUUUGUGGUCCCGGAGAAGGGAUUGGCGGAGGGGAAAGACUGAGUCGUCUUUCCUUUGCCCGCUUGUGUGGACUGUUCGAACGCCCAGGGGUGGGCCAAACCCGUUUCUUAGGAAACCAGGGAUCCAGGGCAGGCAGAAUGGCUUCCUUUGGGUGGAAGAGGAAAAUUGGUGAGAAGGUCUCAAAGGUCACUUCCCAGCAGUUUGAAGCUGAAGCUGCUGAUGAGAAGGAUGUAGUUGACAACGAUGAAGGGAACUGGCUUCAUGCCAUUAAACGUAGGAAAGAAACUCUUCUUGAAGGCUGUGCUGAGAAAAGUAAACAGCUGAAGGAUGAAGGAGCCAGUUUGGCUGAAAAUAAAAGAUAUCGGGAGGCAAUUCAGAAGUGGGAUGAAGCACUACAGUUAACUCCAAAUGAUGCUACCCUAUACGAGAUGAAAUCACAGGUGCUAAUGUCUCUUCAUGAAAUGUUCCCAGCAGUACAUGCAGCAGAAAUGGCCGUCCAGCGAAAUCCACAUUCUUGGGAGUCUUGGCAGACUUUGGGACGUGCUCAACUUGGUUUAGGAGAGAUAAUCCUGGCAAUUCGAAGUUUUCAAGUAGCCCUUCACAUCUAUCCAAUGAACCCUGAAAUAUGGAAAGAAGACCUCUCUUGGGCAAGGACGCUCCAGGAGCAGCAGAAGGUAGCACAGAGGAUUAAAAAAAGUGAAGCACCAGCUGAAGUAACACACUUUUCACCAAAGUCAAUUCCAGACUAUGACUUUGAAAGUGAUGAGAUUGUUGCUGUUUGUGCGGCUAUUGCUGAGAAAGAGAAGACAGUUUCAGCAAAUAAAACAAUGGUUAUUGUAUCUGCUUCUGGGGCCGUAGAGACUGUAACUGAAAAGGAGGAUGGUGCUACGCCACCAGAUGGCUCUGUUUUUAUAAAAGCCCGAUGAAGCAGUAUGCAUAGGAUUAUUUGAAUCUGUCUUUUUGAUUGCUUCUUGAAGUUUUGACAUAGAGACAUUUACUCUGGAGAUAGAUAGGAGAACUCCUAGUUGUAAAAUAUGUUUUUCAGAUGAGGCAUAUACAAACUAAAAUGGCAGGAUUAUUGUAUAGUGUUUGGAAUAUGCUUUGAUAAGUUAUGAUUCAUAUUUCUCAAGGUUAAAAUUCUGAGUAAAAUGGUCUGAUUAAUAAACUUAGUUUAAUCUGAUAUGUAAAUGAAUACAUUUUAAAGACAAAACUUGAAAGUGUAUUCUUGAAUAGUGAAUAAUUUGAUCAAUGUUACUGAAAUGCUGUCUCAACUUUUGUUUUAUGACAAAGGAAGUGUGUGCUUUCCCUCCCUCUGAGAAAUAUACUGCGCUUAUUAUUUGCUGUCUUUUUCUUGCUUCAUUAGAGUAAGUCUGUCAGAAAGCUUGAAUAUUUUUGACAUUCAUUUUGAUUCAAAGUUGUCAUUUGGUUAUAUGUGGAAUCUUCGAAAGUUUGGCUGAAAAUGCAUGCAAAUGUGUACAUUCUGAACAUUUUCUGAAGUUUCUCUUAAUUCUGAUUUGUGUUUCUGUUUUGACUUUGAAGUUAUAACAAUGAUAGUUGUCUCCUUCAGUAUUUGGUAAAAGUGUGAAGUAUUGAUAAAUAUGAAAAUGAUGGUUUUAUUUUUUAAUUGUUACAGUAAGUAAUCCCUACCACAAAUGAGUCAUUUUUAAAAUAUGCAUUUUUAAGUGAAUGGCUUUUACAGAUAGGUUAAUGACAAUUGUACUGCUAUAUUAUCCCAGUCAAAACCAAUACUUUCUUUUCUUUAUUUUACAAAGCUUUAAAAACCCUGGAAAUGACUUACUUCUUGCUUGUAUCUUUCCAUUUGAUGACUGGGAAUUACUUUUCUAGAUAACUUUUUUUGAAACUACUCAGUGAAAUGAAAAAUAAUUACGAUUUUAAAUAGCUAAUUAUAUCUUUCUAAAAAUAAAAAAGUAGGGCUGUUAUUAGAGUGCCAAUGAAUAAAUAACUUAAGCAUCAAAUACAUAGAAAAUGGAAUGUGAUUUAUGGUACAAUCUCAUGAGUAUGAAAAGGCUAUAUUAAAAAAUAUUUUAUUGAAAGUCCACAGUCACAUUCACAAACCAAUACCGUCAUUGCUAAUCUGAACUAUUAUUUUUAUACUAUAUAUUGUAGUAUAAUAAUAUAGAACUGUUGGGUUCUGUUACUUCUGACACUCAGGAAGAUACUAUUGGUGUAUUAAUUUUAUCUUUGUUAGAGAUGAAAGUAGCCCACUUUAUGUUAAAGAUCUUACUACUGUUGGAGCAUAUAAGUAAUGAUCUACAUUUUUUAUGAAGAUGGUUUUUAAAACUUUUGUUUUAUUGGAAUGCAUAUCUCUUUUCAGAGUUGGAGAAAUUAGCACUUGCCUUGAAAAGAAUAUUCUUUCCUUAAGUUACAUCAUCAGAAAAUUAGCUCUGGUUAGAGAGGUUAGUUUCAGAGUGCUCCAAAAAAUAUGUUAAUUAUUUUAUUUUGUUUAAUAAAGAACAGUCUCAAAACAUAAAUAGGUAUCUAGAGAAGUGAGUACUCAACAUUUGGUAUAUUGUUUUGAGUAAUGGAUGUUUGUUUAUUGUGUAAUUUGUGAAUAAAUAGUUUUUUCCUGCAUUUUGAAGAUUUUCCUAUUAUUUUGUAUUGUUAGCUUUUGAAAAAUUAGAUUGAUCUACUUAAUGUCUUUCUUAUAUGAACAUAAUAUAUUUAAAGUACCUUGCAUGGUGCCUCACACAUGAAGUAAUGCUAGCUAUUUCAGUAAAUGCUAGCUAUUUCUAUGAAGAACUUGAGUUAAUUUGGAGAUAUUUAACCUCGAUUUCCUCUGAUUUUAAAAAAGGAGAACUUUUUUUGUAAUCCUUUCCUUAUCUGAAAGUAAGAAGUCUCUGCUUCCAGUAUUAUAGGAGAGAUGUGGGAUUUUUCUUGACAGGGUCUAUAGCUCAAGCCCCAAAGAGGCAAGACUCAGGAUGGAAUGCAUGUGGCCACUAGGCCCUGUUAGAAGAACCUAGUGUUUCCUCUAUGUUGGCAUGGUAGGCCAAGUUAGUCUCUUUCUUACCCAGAUAUAAGACAUAAAAUAGUUUAGACAUAAGAUAGAGGAGAAAAAGAAACAGUAAGUUAUGGAGAAGGAAGGCAGCUCAUUUCUGCAGACCCCCCAAAAUGCUUAUUUUAGCUCAUACCCUUCUAUGCAUGAAGAGAAAAAUGCACCCAUUAUUUUACAAGGAUGUGAAUGCUGAUACACAAACAUUGACUAAGCUUGUUAAUUUUAAUAAAUCUUUAUGAAUGUGAAGAGAAAUAAUUGAUAUUCAUGAUAGUGAUAUGGAUGUUUAAUAUACUUUCUGAAAUAACACUGUUUACUGUUCAAGUUAUAUUGACUAUAAUUUACAUUAUUCUUGUUUGAGAAUUGUAUGGCAUAGACACUCGUUAGUCAGAGUGUCUAGACAUCCAGACCAUGCCUGAUAACACAAGAAUCAUAUAUCAUUCUCUAGAAAACAGGCUGUUUGGUUAUAGAGUAUUUAUCUUAAAUAUAUUAACAGACACUACAUAAAUAUUGAAAAGCCAUCCAAGUUAUAGAUCACAGGAGCCAGGUCUACUGCAACAUACAAAAUUUUAUGGCAGUGGUUUCAGUAUGACAAUCUUUUGAAUUGAUACCGUAUGGUAAAACUAUAAAGAUUUUUUAAAAGCUCUGUCUCAGCUAGAAUUUUUAUGAUUAUAACUGAUCAGUACAGCCCUUUUAGUUGUUUGAAAAUUACAUAAUGAUUCAAAGGCUUGUUUCACUGGACCAGCCAUUCUGAGCUAUGAUUUCAUGAUACAUGUAUUAAUAUCUAAAUGAGUUGUGAGUUGACAUAAGAACCAUAGUUCCAUAAUAAUUAUCUUCAAAUCAAUGGAUAUCUUAAAUGUGUUUUUUUCUUCCUUAGAGAUUAUUAUUAAACUGAUGUAUUUGAUAAUAAAGAAUUUUGGGACUGAGAAAGUAAGUUUUUCUUAUCAAUAAUAAGAUAUUGAAAUAUAUAAAUUAUAAAACAGAAAUAAAAUGAAAUAAAGGAGGUUAUCCCUAAAGUCAUAUUUACCUUAGUCACUUGCAAUUAAAUAUGGUUACUUUGGAAGAAGUGUGGCCCUAAAGCUAGUGUAACAUGAAUCAUGCCCUAAUAUGCAUUAUAUAUGAACUACUUUGGUGAGAAGGCAGCGGCGGGGGAGGAUGGCUUCCUCUCACAGUGCUUCUUAGGCUAUCCAUUUACCAAGGAAUUCUAAUCUCUUCCUCUCACUUCACCAGGAAAGGAGGGAGUUUAAGAUGUAGAACUGGGCAUGCUAGCCUCUUUUUUCCCUUUUGUGGAUUUGUCAUAACUGCAGAGAGCCUAUGUUGUGGUCUCUUGCCAGCCACAUUGUGAAUCUUGCAGUGAAAGUUCUUUGCCUCUGCAAAGGGAGAUCUGUGCUUGUGCAGAACUGCCCAUGCCUUAGUAAGCAGGUCUGUCUAAUUCUGAGUUCAAUGUCUGGUGGCUAUUGUUGGCAUAAACUUAAAGUACAUGCUCCAACCUAGCCUUUUUCAGCAAUAAACUUAAUAUAUUGAAUCUCCAUCUGUCUGUGUCUCAAGUGGUUCAGAGGUCAGGAGAGGACAGGGACAUUAUUUUAUGACUCCCUCAGACUUUAACAAAGACUAGUGCAGAUUAUAUUUUGAAGUAAGCAUGAGACAUUAAAAACCACAUGUGGGAAUUCUUUCCUAAUUUUAGAUUUUUUUUUAAAUAAUGGAAAUUCUAUUGAAAUUGAGUAGUAUUAAUUACAAGGCAACAGGUAAACAUUUGUUCAGGAUAUUUAAAAGGUCUGCUGAGUUGGAAUUGUGACAGACCACAUUGUUGACUCUAGAUUGAAUUGGAAGGGGAGAAUGUGAAAUGAAUUAGGAUAUCCUCUGUUCACCUCUAUUAACUUUCUUAAAUGAGUAUAACUUAGAAAUAAUAAAAUGCAAGUAUUUUAACAUUAUAGUUGGGAGAGUUUUGACAAAUGUAAACACCCACUUCACCACUACCAUCCUGAUACAGUGUGUGUCCAUCACCCAAAAAGUUCUCUAAAGCCCUUUUGCAGUCAGUUCCCCUCCACCUCAACAGCCAUCCCUAGUCAACUACUUAUCUGCUUUCUGUGGCUAUACGUUAGAUUUGACUUCAGAAUUCUAGAGUUUGAAAUAAAUAGGCCGUAUAAUAUGCACUCUUUCUGUGUCUGACUUUUUUUUUUUGCCAGGCAUAAUGCUUUUGAAACCCAUCCAUGUUAAGAUUCAUCCAUGUUAUUGUGUAUAUCAGUAAUAAGUUCCUUUUUAUUGCUGAAUAGUAUUCUAGUAUAGAGAUAUACCACAAUUUGUUUAGCUGUUCACCUAUUGAUGGACAUUUAGGUUGUUUCAAGUUUUGAUCUAUUAUGAAUAAAGCUGCUAUAUAUAUAAAUCACAA